AGGGUAUGAAUUUUCCUAGGGUAUUUUUUGGGGUAAAACAAUCAAUAUCAAUAAAAAAAUAACUGAACUAUUUCGUUUCCGAACGCGCCCAUUACAAAUUCCGUUUUGUGAACGCACCGAUUACUUUGUGUCCCUCUCUAGUCUCAAGCUUAUUUUAUUGUUUGCUCUUUCUUUUCGUGCGAGUGUUUUGGUUGUUUUUAUUGUAAAAAAUGGCGUCAUCGAGUGCUGGUGUUACGCGUUCAGGUGUAAAAAAGUAUGCACAAAAAUAUUGCAAAGAAUGGGAGUAUGACCCAAAUUUAAAAGAUUGGAUUUGUCCUGACCCCACUGGUGAAAAUUAUGCAAGGUGCAAAUAUUGUAAUGUGACUUUAGCACCCCACAAGAAAGAACUUAAUUAUCACGCAAAGAGUAAAAAACACAUGAAAGCUGUGUCAUUAGAUAAAGCGGCUAAGUCCUGCCAGCAAUUGCCUUUUGUAAAAACAGUUUCAAAGACUAACAAAACUGCGGAAUUAAAGAUAGCUGCUUAUAUAGCUGAACAUAGUGCUAUUCAAAACGUAGAUCAUUUAGGUGAAAUCCUGCCAUCUUUAGAUACGAAAUCAGAAGUACUGGGGACGUUAAAAAUACACAGAACUAAAUGCAGCAUGCUAAUAAAAAACGUUCUUGGUCCAGUAAUGAUGCAAGAAAUGAUAUCAGAUGUUGGCGAUGCUGCAUAUUCACUUAUUGUUGAUGAAACUACGGAUAUAACAACGGAUAAAAUUCUGUGCAUUAUGAUCCGGUAUUUUUCAAAAAUUAAGCAGGAUAUUAUAACAACUUUUUACAGAUAUAUAAAAAUAUCUAAAUGCGAUGCAACAACCAUCUAUGAAACCAUAAAAAAUACUUUGCAAGAGGACGCCUUACGUCUUGAAAUGCUGGUAGGAAUUGGCCUAGAUGGUACUAACGUAAUGAUUGGUGAACACCAUUCUGUUGCAGCACUGCUGAAAAGAGACUUACCGGAUAUUAUUAUCGUUAAUUGUACCUGCCAUUCGUUACAUUUAUGUGCAGAGAAAGCUUCGGAAAGUAUGCCCCGGCAACUGGAAUUUUUUAUUCGGGAAUGCCAUAACUGGUUCUCGUAUAGUUCAAAACGUCUUGACGCCUACAGAGACUUAUACGAAAUUAUGAAUGAAAGUCGAGCUCCUAAAAAAAUACCAGGAUUUUGCGGAACACGCUGGCUAGCACGUUCUCAUGCUAUACGUACUUUACUCGACCAAUGGGAGGAAUUAAAGCUUCUUUUCAUGAUGGCUAAGACUGAAGACAAAUGUUUCAUGGCGGAAAAAUUGUAUGACAUCAUGAAAUGCAGAGCUUACCAUGCAUAUUUCACGUUCUUAGAUGUUCAUCUACGUCAAGUUACUAAAGUUAAUUGCCUGUUUCAAAGUGACGAUGUCGAUCCAGCGAAACUUUUAGAAGACUUGUUAAUGCUAUUCAAAAGUAUCCUGCAAAUUAUUGUCAUACCUCGGAAGCUCGAAACUGUUACGGAUGGAGAAUAUCCAUCAUUUGAUUUUCAGGAGCAUUUGAUUCAUGUAUCAGCAAUGCAUUUUGGCUACACAGUUGAAGAGGCGCUAUCGAAACUAGACAGGCGAGACAAAGAGGACGUACGUGAAAGAUGCAAAACCUUUCUUAUUAUUUUGUGCUCUGAAUUACAAAAAAGGUUGCCAAAACAGAUCGCAUUCCUUAAAUCCAUGUCGAAACUGUCUCCAGAAAUAGCCACUUCUCAAGUGAAACCUACAUUAGUUGAAAUACUACAAAAUAUUCAACGGGCUGAAGUGUAUGGUUCUAAACAAGAGAUAGAAAUAGAAUGGAAUAAUUUGCAAAACAAAUCUUGGGAAAAUACGACGCGUUGUACUGAUUUUUGGGCUGAGGUUAACCGGGACACAGAUGCUGGGGGUAAUAAAAGAUUCCCUAACAUUUCUAAAUUAGCAUUGUCUCUUUUAUCGGCGCCUAUAUCUAAUGCAGCUGUAGAAAGGGCCUUUUCUCUAUACUCAGUCGUCAAAACCAAGCUUAGAAAUAGGCUAUCUCUGCCUAUGAUACAGAGCAUAAUGACUCUAAGAUACAGUUUAAAAAUAUUUCACAAGUCUUGUGUUAACUUCACUCCUUCAAAAACAAUGUUGGACAAAUUUAAUAAUAGCAUGUAUGACAAAAAAGAUAGUGAUGCAGAGGAUACUUUUAUUGUUAUGUGCGAAUAAUAAAAUACCUACUAAGAAUAAAAUAUAA